UCUUCACUGAGCCGGGUCUGGAGUCUGGGAACACAAGAUGCACCCAACGGGGCCUUGGAGCAGAACUACUUGGUGUCAAAGGCUCCCAGGCACCAAGAUCCACGCCCCUUUCCGCCCUAAACCUACAAGGUCCGCCAGAACCAUAGAGGAGCAGUGAGAGGAGCGGCGGGCCAGAGCGGCCGGAAGUGAGUCCCGCCGGCGGUCGCGCUAGCCGCGCUGGCAUCGUGUCGCCUCUAUCUCCCCGUGCGAUUUCCUUCUAGGCCUCGGGAAAGAGCAGGUGAAUUCUGGCGGUGCUUACACCCCGAGGUCCCUAAUGGACCCUGGAAAGGAAGAGGAGAGUCAGCCGCAGCCCACUAGGAAGAAGUUUGUCAUCCCACUGGAGGAAGACGAGGUCCCUCCUGCAGGGGUCAAGCCCUUGUUCAGAUCUUCACGGAACCUCACCACCUUGGCAACCUCCGCCCAAGCGGCCCCUCAGACAUGUCCUGAGCAUGCCAUCACCCAGCCUCCAGGAAGGGUCAGGGCCGCAGGGUCCACAGGCUCUGAACCUGUGACAGGAGAGAACCCCAGCCAGACCCCCAAAACAGGAUCAAAGUCCAACAGCAUCAUCGUGAGCCCACGGCAGAGGGGCAACCCGGUGUUGAAGUUCGUGCGCAAUGUGCCCUGGGAAUUUGGUGAGGUGGUCCCUGACUAUGUGCUGGGCCAGAGCACCUGUGCUCUUUUCCUUAGCCUCCGUUACCACAACCUCCAUCCAGACUACAUCCACGAACGGCUGCAGAGCCUGGGGAAGACCUUCGCCCUCCGAGUGCUGCUGGUCCAGGUGGACGUGAAAGAUCCCCAGCAGGCCCUAAAGGAGCUGGCUAAGAUGUGUAUCCUGGCUGACUGCACCCUGAUCCUGGCCUGGAGUGCAGAGGAAGCGGGGCGCUACCUGGAGACCUACAAGGUGUAUGAGCAGAAGCCCGCCGACCUCCUCAUGGAGAAGCUGGAUCAGAACUUCCUGUCCCGUGCCACCGAGUGUCUGACAACCGUGAAAUCAGUCAACAAGACGGACAGCCAGACCCUCCUGGCUACAUUUGGAUCCCUCGAACAGCUCUUCACCGCAUCAAGGGAGGAUCUAGCCUUGUGCCCUGGCCUGGGCCCCCAGAAGGCCCGCAGGCUCUUCGAUGUCCUCCAUGAACCCUUCCUCAGAGCUCCGCAUUGACAUGAUGCCACGAAGGCCAGUGUCACAAUAAAGCAUUCCAUGCCCAG